AUGUCUCCUUCAAUGUCCCUCUUCUCGGUUCAGGCCAUCCUGAUCCUAAGCAGUGAGGAUGGAUCGAGGAUAUUCGCCAAAUACUACAACCAACCCCACCAUGCUCCCACGGGCCAAACCCAAGGCCCGACGGCUAGCAACCCUUACCCCGACCUGAAGGCCCAGAAGGCCUUCGAGAAGGGCUUAGCGGAUAAGACGCUCAAGCAGACUGGCGAUAUCAUCCUAUACGACAAUAGGAUUGUUCUUUACAAGAUGGAGUCCGACGUCAUGAUGUACGUUGUGGGAAGCGUGGAGGAGAACGAGAUUAUGCUGUACAAUGUCAUCCUCGCCCUGAGGGACUCUCUACACCUCCUCUUCAAGCAAUCUGUCGACAAGCGAACCAUCAUCGAGAACUACGACCUCGUCGCCCUCGCUAUCGACGAGAUAGUCGACGACGGCAUCAUCCUUGAGACCGACCCCACUAUCAUCAUCCAGCGCGUCAGCAAGGCUCCUAGCCAAGACGUGAACCUGAGCCGAAUCGACCUCAGCGAACAGGGCGUCAAUAACCUGGCGCAAUUAGGAAAGUCCAAGUUGGCGGACUGGUUAAGGCAAGGCCUCUAG